AUGACGAAACUGCGGGCCCGGUUCCCGGGUCCUCAAUCAACGGGCUGCACAGGGCCAGUUUCGGGCCAUAUUGGAGGGCCGUAUCAUCAACAAAGAAAAGCGGGAAAGAGAAAAUACUCACGGGCUGUUUGCCUGUUCACAUUGUCGGAGGUUCCUCGUGUAAUUUUUGCGGCGCAUCAACGGUGUUCUCUUGGCUGUUCUGUCUAUUUGCGCUGUCCUCCGAUCUCAGUUUCCGAAGGUGUUGAAAUGAAUAGUACUUCUCAGAAUGUAAAAAAUAGAAGCAGAUUGGACUUAUCAAAGUUGAGCACAUUUUCAGGUCCACUAGUAGAUGAUGUGAUUGUACCUGAGAUAACAAACACCUCUUCAUAUAAAAAAUCAAAUAGGACACCCAUGAAGAUGCUCAUUGACCACGAGAUGUCCAAAGAAGUUGAAUUUAGACAUAGCCCUCCUAAUCUAGUUGCCAAAUUGAUGGGGCUUGAUGCCCUUCCUCAGCCCGAACCCAAACUGGCUACAAAGAGAAGCCUGUCCAAGGGACACUCUCGAAGUCAUUCGGAUAUACCCGUGAGCGAGUGGGAGCAACAGCAGAGAUUCUCUCACUAUGGAGAUCCAAACGAGUACAAAGACAUUCACGAGGUAUGGGAGCAGCAACCACAGAGAUUUAUGACCGCAAAUGACAAAAAGAUGGCUCUUGUUCGUCAGAAGUUUCUAGAAGCCAAACGCCUGUCCAUGGAUGGAAGAUUACGCCAGUCCAAGCAAUUCCAGGAUGCAUUAGAAGUUUUGAGUUCGAAUAGAGACUUAUUUCUCAAGUGCCUGCAGGAACCAAGUUCUGUGUUUGCUCAGCAGUUUUACAGCCUGGACUCUGUUCCUCCUCCCGAGACUAAGCGUAUCACACUCCUCAGACCUUCGAAAAAUACAGACGAUUUUUACUUUGCUGGAGACAAAGAUGGAAAAAGAGAAUUGGAAAAAAGUAUCUUUGCUUAUACUAGAAAUUCUCCUCCCAAAAACCACGAAAGUCCCACUCAGCCAAUCCGAAUAGUGGUUCUCAAACCAAGCCUCGAUAAAAUACUUGAUAACAGUAAGGGUAUAAGCUCCCCACAGUCCCAAUCAGCAAUAAUACAUGGUGAAGUCUUUCUGGGGGAUGUGGAGGACAAUGAGAAUCGGGAGUCAAGACUGGUCGCGAAGGCAAUCACAAAUCAAAUGCGCAAGAAGCUCGGCAGCCAUCACAGGGACGAAACCAUCAUUAACUCAGCCGUCGAGAGUUCGUUCGGCGAAUCAGAGAUUGAGUAUCGAAGUGGUGACCUCAGCGAAUCCGAAGCCACAUCACCUGUGUCCCGGCAUUCAUGGGAGUACGUGAAUAACAGGCAAAGAAGUCCGUUCUCGUCCUCCUCUUUCAGCAGGGCAUCUUAUUCUCUCGAGUCAUCGGUCUGUAGAGAGGCCAAAAAACGGCUAUCUGAACGGUGGGCCCUGAUGGCAUCUAAUGGGAGUUGUCAGGAACAGAGGCAAAUACAUAGGAGCUCGAGCACGCUGGGCGAAAUGCUUGCUCUUUGUGAGUCAAGACACGAGAAAAAUGAAAUAGUAGUACCACCUUUGAGAGGAAGUGUUUCUAAUGAAAAGUUAAAGGAUUCAAAUAAUAUCUUAGAGAGUGGAAGGAGGGAAGUUCAAGAUGUUAGUAAUAAUUCACCGAGGAACCUCACAAGGUCUAAAUCUGUUCCUGUUUCUUCUUCUCAGUUUGGGUCUAGGCUUGAUGUGGAAGCUCCAGUUGUUCCGAACAAGGGGAAACUUGAAGUCGUGCCUAAGGAGGGAGCGAAGGCUAGAAGUGGAAACUCGUCGUUUAAGGGAAAAGUUUCUAGUUUAUUUUUCUCGAGGAGUAAAAAGGGCAAUAAAGAUAAGCCUAUUGGACCUGGAACAGGAGAUGAGUCUGGCUCCUCUUUUCUUGAGGAAAUUAGCAGUGAUGGAAGUGGAAUUCAUCUUGAGGAAGUCCCUGAACAGUCUUCACCGGGUCUGCUGGAGUUAUCGAAUAAAGCAUCUUCCUCGUGCGUGAUUUCACCUGAGACUAAAUUUUCUGUGCCGAAACCUGCUGCAUCUGGAAACAUUGGUGAAAAUAAGGACCAGCCAAGCCCGAUAUCGGUCCUAGAUCCUCCCUUUGAUUUACAUGAACGCCCAUCAAAAGUGUUCCCUCGUUAUGUCGAGCCCGACCCACAUGGAUACGAGUUGUCAUCGAGACCACUUAGUUCAAACUUGAUCGAUAAGUCACCAUCUAUCUGCUCCAUAGCACGUACCCUAUUGUGGGACGACUCAAGCUUAGACACGGCCUCGUCACAUCCACGUAAGGAACCCUUGACCACCACCCAAGCAACGACAAACGACGAGGGGCAAGAAUGGUAUUCAUUCGCCAGAACAUUGUUAUCCAUGACCGGCCUUGAAAGCGAGGCCCAUCACGGCUCGUUCUUCGCCAGUUGGCACUCCCCCGAGAGCCCAUUAGACCCGUCCUUGAGAGAUACAUACAUCAACUUGAAACACAAUACAAACGAGGCUAGGCAGAGGCAGAAGAGGUCCAUGCAGAAGCUCGUCUUUGACUGCUUGAAUGUGGUACUGGUCGAGCUUGUGGGCCACAGGCUGAGCCCAGGACAGCUGGCGGACGAGGUGUGGGCCCGCAUGAACUGUUGGUUUUCGGGGGAGUGCGUCUCGGGGGACGAAAACGGGCUCGUGGUGGAGAGGGUGGUGAGGAAUGAGGUGGCAGGCAAGGGGUGGGUUGAGAAUUUGAGAUUUGAGAGGGACAUUUUGGGGAAAGAAAUCGAGGGGGUUCUGCUCGAGAUGCUUUUGGAGGAGGCUGUAAUUGAACUUGACAGGUAG